AUGGAGUAUUACCCAGUGAUACAAGUUUUCUUUUCCAAAAGCUGUCCAAGCAACAUAGAGACACAAAAUCUAACAGAAGUCUUAGAAUUCCAUCUCAUGGGCCUCUCAGAGGACCCAGACCUGCAGCCCAUCCUCUUUGGGCUCUUCCUCUCCAUGUACCUGGUCACGGUGCUCAGGAACCUGCUCAUCAUCCUGGCCGUCAGCUCUGCCUCCCACCUCCACACCCCCAUGUACUUCUUCCUCUCCAGCCUGUCCUUGGCUGACAUCUGCUUCACUUCCACCACAGUCCCCAAGAUGAUUGUGCACAUCCAAACUCACAACAGAGUCAUCUCCUAUGCGGGCUGCCUCACCCAGAUGUCUUUUUUCAUGCUGUUUGGAUGUUUGGAUAGUCUGCUGCUGAGUGUGAUGGCCUAUGACCGCUUUGUGGCCAUCUGUCACCCCUUGCACUACCAGGUCAUUAUGAACCCCCGCCUCUGUGGCUUGUUGGUUUUGGUGUCCAUUCUCAUCAGCCUUUUUGUCUCCCAACUGCAUAAUUCAACCGUGUUACAACUUACCUACUUCAAGAAUGUGGAAAUUUCUCAUUUCUUUUGUGACCCUUCCCAACUCCUCAACCUCGCCUGUUCCAAUGCCGUCACUAAUAAUAUAGUCAUGUACUUAGUGGGUGCCAUCUCUGGUUUUCUUCCCAUCUCAGGGAUCCUUUUCUCCUACUAUAGAAUUGUUUCCUCCAUUCUAAGUAUCCCAUCCUCAGGUGGGAGAUAUAAAACCUUUUCCACCUGCGGGUCUCACCUGUCAGUUGUUUGCUUAUUUUAUGGGACAGGGCUUGGAGUGUACCUGAGUUCAGCUGUCUCACUUUCUCCAAGGAAGGGUGCAGUGGCCUCGAUAGUAUAUACUGUAGUCACCCCCAUGCUUAACCCAUUCAUCUACAGCCUACGAAACAGGGACAUCAAGAAGGCCAUGUGGAGACUCCUCGCAAAGACAGCCUGA